UUACCCCCAACCCCGCCCCUCAGUCGGAGUCUCCCCGCUCAGCAAUGGCCGCAAUCCGCAAGAAGCUGGUGAUCGUGGGUGACGGCGCGUGCGGAAAGACGUGUCUGCUGAUCGUGUUCAGCAAGGACCAGUUCCCCGAGGUGUACGUGCCCACCGUGUUCGAGAACUAUGUCGCCGACAUUGAGGUGGACGGCAAGCAGGUGGAGCUGGCCCUGUGGGACACGGCUGGCCAGGAGGACUACGAUCGCCUUCGACCCCUCUCUUAUCCCGAUACCGACGUCAUCCUCAUGUGCUUCUCCAUAGACAGCCCGGACAGCCUCGAGAACAUCCCGGAGAAGUGGACGCCGGAGGUGAAGCACUUCUGCCCCAACGUCCCCAUCAUCCUCGUGGGGAACAAACGGGACCUGAGGCACGACGACGCCACGCGCCGCGAGCUCGCCAAGAUGAAGCAGGAGCCCGUGAAGUCGGAGGAGGGGCGCGACAUGGCCAACAAGAUCGGCGCCUUCGGCUACAUGGAGUGCUCGGCCAAGAACAAGGAGGGAGUGCGCGAGGUGUUCGAGCUGGCGACGCGCGCCGCCCUGCAGGUCCGCACGCGCAAGAAGAACGGAUUCUGCCGCUUGCUGUAGCUCGCCGGCGCCUGCCACCGUAGCCCCGUGCCGUAGCCCCGUGCCGUAGCCCCGUGCCGUAGCCCCGCGUGUCCCCCCCCCACCCCCCCCCCGUACCCGACUAAGGUGCCUAACCGUGACGAGCCGCCCGUCAGUGCCUGCGUGUGGGCACUACUACCCCCGUAAGUUCCACGAGACGGCACCGUUGCCGCCGAUAGAGAUGAACGGUGGGUGGCGCACGAGCCUCUUGUGCAUCGGCGUCGCCUUUCAUCCCGGCAGGUUUAGCGACUUGUCGCGCUCGGAGCACGGUAUCGCUCCGUCAUUCGGUGACGUUCCGCGCGUCGCGGCGUGGAAUCGAUCAAAACGACGCUUCCCCUUGUGCCGCUAGGACCCAGGGUGCCUGCAGCAUUCCCACGGAAUAGCCGACCCUUGUACGCACGACGUCCGCGAGCUUGUGUCUUGAGCGUGAGAAUGAAUUUCAAGUGGUAAAUCUCCGCAUCGUUUAUCGCUCGGUGUAAUCGGCAUCGAGCGUAGACGCUGUACGGAACUGGUCACGAUUCAUUGAUUCGUACAGUGGAACGAUUCCCCACGCUCGCGAUACGUGCAUCUUGGAUCGUGCGUCUUCGAGUCGAGCAUUUGUGUAAAUUGUACCCUGGUGUACCUGAAGGGCCAAUAGCACGAACGAGACGACAUAAUUUUAACACGGUGUAAAUGAGACGAGGAAAUUUGAUUCUGAAUUGAUCACAACCCUGAGUCGUGGCAAAUGGAGCAGGGAGUGGUCCGGGUUCGUGGGUCAAUGUCCGUGCCUAACGGUGAACAUCCGUCCCAAGCCCUCUGUUGCCGAACUAAAAAACUGUUAACCCCAAACACCACACGAGCUCAAAGUUAACCUUCACUUUGGCGACAGCAUUGCAUUCCGUUCAGCGACAGAUUAAAAUAAAUAUAUUUUACCAUUUUCCCAAUUGAAUUCAUCUUGCGGCGAUGGCUUCAUGUCGUUGUCUCGAGGCGAUUUUUGGUUUGAACUGUCAGGCCGCAGGGCACCGCUUGUCACGAAGAGGGCAGCCCGUGGAUGGUGAUGUCACCAAACUACUGAGAUUCCUUCUCCUGUCUCUUUAUCUGCACAACAACGGGUGCUGUCCUUUGCCACGUGCUUUGCUGGAACAUGACACUGCAGUAAAACAACGUCAUCGAAGCUAAUUCAAUAUGGUUUGGCAACCGGGUACUGUGUCUCAUUGGUUAGAUUUGACAACACUGCAGCUUUGACGACACAAAAGUAAAAUUUUACUUUAAGGGAAAUAUCUUUAGCAGAAUUGAUCACGACGCGCAAGAUGCCGAACCCCGCUCAGCAGCUUAACGAAUCUUGGUUUUGGGUCACGAUACCAAUGAAGGAUCGAUUAGCGUUUGUCUCAUUUACACCGUCUCAAUAUUACUCGUUACGUUCCAUUCCCCUUAAAAUCACGUUUGCAUAAAAUUAGCAUCAGUGUUAAGCAAUCGAUGGUCACGCGCACGCAAGGCUGCGGCUUGUGCCGUGAGCACGAGGGUCGUUGCGUGCGCCUCGAGGCCGCGCCGCCAGCGCAUCUCGCUGGCGGUACGGGGGACGCCUCUCGGCGGGCUCCUGCCGCGUCGCCAUCUUCACGCCGACAUUCGGACUCGGUAACGGCACGCAUCGCCCCUUUCUCGGCCUCGGCUUCGCUCGUGGUGCCGGACUGGUGGUUCAGCGUCGAAGCAACUUGCCAUUUGUAAAACAUUUUAGGUCCUCCUGCUUGGAGCUGCUCGCACCAUCGCCGUGGUUACAGUCGGCUAUCGCUAUUGGUCCAUCGCCAACGAGCCCACCCGCUCCUGUCGGUGUUACGCUGAACGAUGGCUAUUGCCGCACCCAUCGUGCCUCCCCGAACCUCGGACUGCCAGCGCUUAUGAGAUUGAAGAAGUAGUAGCCGGUAGGAUUCUCUUCAUAAAGCAGCCUUAAUGUAAAAAGGGGAAGCUCGUACGGUAAAGUGUGCCCGUUUCUCCAAACCACGACGCAAUGGCCAUUAAUAACGGGGAAGGGAUAAUAAAAAAUUGGCCGUGAAUAUCACGUGGUCUGACGCUGCACUCGCGUUCACCCAGAACUCGAGCUUGAGUUACGCGAGUAGCGCUGUUUAGUGAAGUGCCCUCAGCGUUGUGUGGUGGUGGUGAGUCCCUCGUGAGCUGCCCGACUCAACUCGUAAGCACGUUGAGCGUCUGUACGACUCGGCGCCAUUCCCCGAGACUCGGAGCCAAACUAAAGCAACCCACCCAGACGUCUUCUUGGUUCUUUCGGUAAAGUCACGUAGAAGGGAAAUAAUAAAAUAAUACAAAUAAAACAUAAUAAAAUAAUUCUCACGACGUUUCGGCCACAACGCAAGCAGCCGUCCUCAGGUGAAGAACAGGUCUGUCGGGGAGACAGCGUCUGAAUCUAUUCGGACUUUACCGAAAGAACCAAGAAGAUGAAUCCCUGCAGUCACGAAAGCUUUAAAUCGAAAAAUCCAUCCAGACGUCUUAAGAGCAGCUGGAGGAAGGUCCCAAGGCAGCCUGAAUGUCAGUCUUGUCAUUUGAUCUAUCAACAUGAACAUCAUUGUCCAUGGCCUACCUACUGCUGGAUGAGGGGCUCCCCUUGCCAUCACCGUGCCUAACAGUAUUGCAAUUGAACAAUCCGUCUCGUGCGCAAGAAUUGUCGUUGUUCCAUCUGCGCGGUUGUCAUCCUCUCGGUCAUCUGUUCUCUCGUUUGGCUGCCAUUCCGUCAACAAGAGCUGUAUUUGGGAAGAUGAAAGUCGUGGCCUUAGUGCCAGAAACGUAGUUCUACUGUCAAGAAAACCUCAAAAUCGCGUUGCACAUUCUGCAUCAGGCAGCCUAAGCGUGUGGACACGAGAGAGGAGAGUUGCGUUCCUUGUAUUGCAUUUUAGCUUUUAACCAAGCGAGAGAGACUCCUUUGCCUCCGGAAUCCACCUCUUGACCUUCGCCUGGCCAUAACCCAACCUUCUGGCAUCCUGGCGAGAAGCACCAUGGCCAGGAGUUGACCCACAACCCUCUAAUUUUGCUGGCCUUUGUUAGGCCCAGCUGGAGAUGAUGGAGAGACUCCGUUAUGUGUGUACACGUGGAAAGGCAGCGAUUCUGAGUAUCACAUCUGCCCUGCCUAUGGAUGAGGAUUCAUUCUUGCUAUUGGCCUUGAUUUGAGAAUUCAUCACCCCCUUUGCUUAAGCUCACUCGUGGCAGCUGGGAAUAUGGAUAUCCUAAACAAGUCGGGGCCCGCCAUUGUUUGAUUCAACUAGCGAGAUGUUUGCGCUACACGUGGGAUAUCCAGUUACUUAACUAAUCGAUUUCCCAAAAAAUUACUGGUUCGUUUACUCGAUGAACACAGAUAAUAUCGAAUUAGUCUGGGGGGUUGGGGGGGAAGCCUCACUUUUGUAGCCAUGUGUGCUCACUGGACAGUGAUGUCAUCAUCCACGUCACGUUGGGUGUGGCUCGUAGGGGGUUUCCUGCCUUCACGAGGGAGGAUGUGGGGGUGGCCGCCAUUCUUAAAGGUGCCUGAAUAAUCGACCACAUACAGAGUUGUGAAUUCAGAUUUCCUUCUGCUUUAUACUAUAACAAUGACCUCCAUUUUACAAAGCACCUUUCAAAUUGAAAUAUCUCAAAUGCGCUGAUUAAUCAUCGAAUGCGACCACUCGCCCGAGCUCUAGUUUCCGAUUUAGCAGGGAGAAGGUAGACCCCACAAAGGGGAGGGAGGGAGGGAGUGGCUGGAAGAGUUUUGCGUACAACAGUGGAUCCCUCGGUCGGAUUGGAAACUGAGCUGCCCACGUUGACAUCAACCCUCUCCCCGAACCACGCCUGUCCCCACACGGUGGAGACAUUUGAGAGGUGAGCCUGACUACGAUCGCCUUGCUGGAGUCAAAAACGUCUCGCUUUCGGUGCCUGAACGUUCACCUGAACGUUGGCGGGAGUUUCCCUCCCGUGUUGGGCCCGGCUAGCGAGGAUUUCCCGUAGUUGCGCAUCAGCAGUGGCUUCUCAGCGCCUCGGGCAGAACAAAUCCCUGCAGACGGCAAUGGCACAUUGCUGAGAAAUACAAUUCAUCAUCCGGCACGAUUAUUCCGUAGCCCAAGUAAACCUAAGUGUCCUUUGACUCCACACUGAAGGAUUAAGUCUUCACAAGGGACCUCGGGCAAAGGGAGCCUGGUUCAUCGCACGGUCCUCAAAAUCAGGCAGUGCUCGUACAACUUUUCUAAAGCAUGUUGGAGCAUGUGCUUUAUUUUAUGAUGGGGAAAGAGAUAUUGCUGCCAAAGUUGGUCUCUCGCGUGUUUGUAUUUUUCUGGCACCGGUUAAAAAUCGCUUAACAGUGCGAUCGUUGCAAUCACGUUCCGGCCACACUCCCCCGCCGUGCCACCGUCGCCCCGCGUUCGUGCCGUGUAGGAACCGCGACUUUCCCGCUCCGCAGUAGUAAACGCGGCGCCACGGCACGGACAGCUCGGCUCCCCACUCCGAGCACGGCAAGCCCCCGAGACUCGCUGAGCAUUGUGGGAUUCCCCGAAACAGCUGCGAGCGGUAUCACCCACAGUGCCCUGCGCGUCGCGCUGUGACGCGUCGCUGCCCCGUGUGUUGGUGGCCUGCCUUUCACGUCGGCUUAUCAAUGAAGUUGUGACAUUUUGAUACGGAAGUUUGUUUUUCAUGAAGGGUUUUUGUUUUGCAUUCAUGACUUAUCUCGUCUCAAGCCCAGCGUGUAUUUGUCCAUGUAUUUACAGGGUAAUGGAGUAGAGGGUCAUGUUGUUUUGAUGCCUUUGUGCGAGGGACACCAGAAGAUUGGUCUACCAGAGACAAGUCGCACUAGAGCCGUGAUGCCUUCACAGCUUCUUCUUAAUGUGACCUCUCGCCUCACCGACCCCCAUCCGAUUCUCUGACCCCUCUGUGCAUUUCAGUGACUCUCCGUGGUACAAACCAGGAGUGACCGCUUCAUAUAAAUCAAAAGGAAGUCUAAAUUUCGAUUUAAAGCUUUCGUGACUGCAGGGAUUCAUCUUCUUGGUUCUUUCGGUUAAGUCACGUAGAAUGGAAAUAAUAAAAUAAUAAAAAUAACACAAUCAAAUACAAUUCUCACGACGUUUCGGCCACAACGCAAGCAGCCGUCCUCAGGUGAAGAACAGGUCUGUCGGAAAGACAGGAAGUCGCCACGACAGAAUGGAUGGGGUGUGAGCUCGGUCGUGGGUUCUGUGGAGUUGGUGUUGAGCUCUCGGCACGGGUGUUGAUUUGUUGCCAAAGCCACGUGGCCUAGUCGUGGGGUGAGCCGUAUUCCAAGCGUGGCAUCGUGCGCCGCACAGAAGGCGUCACCUGGUCAAAUUUGACCAAUCGGUGACGUCCGUGACCAUAUCUAGCUCGAUGCCCCCACCUCUGCCCGCUGCUUCUUGAGACUCACGAUGACGUUUGACACGACGAGCCAAAUGGAUUUCUACACAAGGUUUUUCCGGUAAAGUCACGUAGGUAGAAAAUAAAAUUUAAAGUUAAUAAAAGUAAUAAUGGAAAUAGAAUAAAUCACGACGUUUCGGAGGCAACGCAAGUCUCCGUCAUCAGGUGGGACCGUCACAGCUAAAAUUACUGCAUCAAGUGAGGAAAAUUCCAAAGGACCAGCCCUUAAAUACACGUUAAGGGGGCGGGGGGGGGGGCUGGUCUUUUGGAAUUUUCCUCACUUGAUGCAGUAAUUUUAGCUGUGACGGUCCCACCUGAUGACGGAGACUUGUGUUGCCUCCGAAACGUCGUGAUUUAUUAUUUUAUUUCCUUUAUUACUUUUAUUAACUUUCUAUUUUUUACCUACGUGACUUUACCGAAAAAACCUAAGAGUAUGAAUCCUCGCAGUCACGAAAGCUUCAAAUCUAGAAUUUCUACACAAAGCGCUAGGCGAGUUCGUUCCCAGGCAGGUAGAUGUAUUUCCUCGUGUCCCUCGUAGGAGGCAGUUUGUAUUCCGAGUAGUCAGUCUGGCCACGCCGUGCCCUUAGCCCCAGCCUCACUCCGCUUUGCCGAGACGUGACAUUAUCUUUAGAGUAAUUAAUGCUUCAUGCGUUUGCCUGCCUAUUUUUAUUGUUUUUCUUGUUGUUAUCGUUAUUUGGUUGUAAAGUAUGAAAAAAAAGCAAGCCUAGCUGACCGGCCAAAGGUGAACAGCAUAGCCUUGUGCGAAGCGGCGAGGUUUUUUUUGCAGUAACAUUGAGCGUGUGAAGGUGCCGGUUUACACCAAGCCUUAACGUCUCGGUCUGCCCACACGACACGACCGAGUUUGAAGUUCGUGAUUUCAGUUUUUGUCACUGUGUAAUAAAAUGCACUGUUACCUGCA